UGGAUGGCAUAUUUGCCGAACUAAUUGGUGUGGUGAAUCUAUGGAACCCUUGCAUGAUGAAGACACAACUGUUGAAGAAGAAGGUUUACAGCAUGGGGACUUUCUUUUAUUACAAGAGGGCCGACUUCCCCCUCAUGGGUAUUUAACUCUUGCCAUAUGGCUACACAAAACACCAGAAAGUAUUGAGGAACAAGAAAAUAAACUUGGAGACUUAUCAAGUACAAUAAAAGAAAUGUGGAAUAUCAUAGGCACAACUUCAGGUCCAUAUAAACUUGGAGAAGUAGAAAUUUCAGCUGAAUCAUCUCUUGCAGACUUGAAACGCCAGGUCCUUACUCUUCCAGCACUUAAUAUUAUAUCUCUGCCAAACAUUCGUUACUUACGCUUAAGACAUCUGGAUGGUGGUUCUCCAGGAAAAGUCUUAAGAGGCCUUAGUAAUACACUUCGGAAACUAAAAUUGACUAAUCACCAGAAUUUAUGUCUCCAACUCCUUGUAAAAGAUGAAGAUUUGUUACAGCAUGAUAUUCUGUUAAACAUAUGCCAAAGUAUUCCUGACACUCGAUGCUACACUCCUCCUGUGGAGAUGUUGUGGGCUGCAGGAAAAUCUGCAACAUUUCAGCAUCUCCGCCAGUCUCUUUCUCUAAAAGCUGGGAAUUCCAUCAGAUAGACUUGUUAUGGCAAAACAUUUUAAAGAAAAGUUUGAGUGGCUUAUUAUUAGUGAACACACCAACCAU